AUGGGCGACUCAACUAAGACUGGGACACUCUCAAAAUUGGGUAAAUUGUUUGGAAAGUCAUCAUCUAAUUUACCUACUGCAAAGCAUCAGCUGGUGCUGCAAGUACAGGAGGAUCGUCAAGCACAGCGACAGCUGCAGCAACUGCAACCACCACCACCACAGCAACAACAGCAACCACAACAAGUGCAAGAUCAACGAGAAUUAGGAGAGCACCCACACCGGCAAUCAAGAUCAUCACUGCUGGCAACUCUGUCUAAUAAACAUACAACCAUUAAUGCCAACGUCAACGUCAAUGCCAACACCAACACCAACACCGCCAGCAACAGUGUCGCCAACACCAACACCAACACCGCCAGCAACAGUGUCGCCAACACCAACACCGCCAGCAACAGUGUCGCCAACACCAACACCAGCGCCAGCACCGCCAUUCCCACUGCUGCCCCUAAGCUAUUACAACCUAAUGCCGUUCAAGAGAAUCCAAUAUCCAGUGAGGAAGAUUUUAUACUAUCGCAAGUUGAAAACGACAAGGUAUCGCCUCUAAGACAAAUCAAGCAACCCCAGCCACAACUUCAUACACAAUCACAGUUGCAACAAAACUCACAUUGCGCGCCCAUAUUGUCCAAAUCAAACAACUUAUCUCCAGCAGGCUCGCAUUCUCCAAUCAAUGGCAAUCUUUCAACUACAACGUCACCUAUUCUGGUGAUUUCACUCGAACAAAAAUUGAAAGGUCAAAAUUCAACCUCAAAGUUGCCAUCGUCUGGUAUGGCUAAAACGCCCGCAAAUGAGAAAACGCCACAAAUGAGUGGUGCUGCUUCACUGUUGGUAUCAGCGGGGGUACCACCGUCACAUUCAACACCAACGACAACGCCAACUUCGGGUAGACCAUCACCUUCCGUAUCCAGAUCUUCUUCAAGAAAAGCCACUACCCAACAAGCAAAAAGUGGCCUUUUUUCAUCAAAGUCUAAAAAUGGAUCUAACACAUCAUUAGUAAGUGGUGGAAUGUUAUCUCAACAACAACAACAAGCGCAACAACAGCUGAUGCUGCUGCUGCUGUUGUCUCUUCAACCACCACCAAAUUUACCCCGAUUUGUGAUGCUAGAAAAUGGCAACCAUGAGCAUCACCUACGAUCAGCAAAACGUCAUGAAAAGUUGUCGAAUAUGUUGAAGGACUUGCUAGGAGCCAAGAAACUUCGAGACGAAGCAAAAAGUGCGGUGCCGGACUUAUUACAGGGAGCUAUGCAACAAAGCACAUCGCAAUUACAACAAAUGCAACAAAGCACAUCUCAAUUACAGCCUAACAUGAGUGGGAGACCCCCUACUUUAUUUGCAGGAUUGGUCACUCAAGUGAAAAAUCAUACUAGUCCCUACCACCAACCAGGAACCGCUGAUGUUGUUGUACCGAAUAAGGAUCCCAAUGCACUGGCAGGACCUGAUAGUCGUUCAUUUGUGGAAAAGUAUGGUAGAUGUCAAGAAGUAAUUGGACGAGGAUCAUUUGGAGUUGUUCGUAUAUCACAUAAAAAGAUUGAUGCACUACCACCUCCAAUAGCAGAAACAACAGCAGCAGCAGCAUCAUCAUCAUCAACAGCAGCAGCAGCAUCAACAACAACAUCAUCAUCAUCAGCAACAGCAACAACAUCACCAAUAACAAACAUACCAUCAUCAUCAUCAUCAAGUAACACGUUAGUCAAUUCAAAUCCUACGGAGAAACUAUAUGCCGUGAAAGAAUUUAAGAGGAGACCAUCGGAGAAUGAAAAGAAGUACAAUAGAAGAUUGACUUCUGAGUUUUGCAUUUCUUCUUCAUUAAAACAUAUCAAUAUUAUAGAUACACUUGAUUUGUUAAAGGAUGCCAAAGGUGAUUAUUGCGAAGUUAUGGAAUUUUGUUCCGGUGGUGAUUUAUAUACAUUGAUUAUUGCGCUGGGGAAAUUGGAGUAUGCGGAAGCUGAUUGUUUUUUCAAGCAGUUGAUUCGUGGAGUUAACUACAUGCACAAUAUGGGAGUUGCACAUCGAGACUUGAAGCCGGAAAAUCUUCUCUUGACACAAAAUGGGGUUUUGAAGAUAACUGAUUUUGGUAAUUCGGAAUGCUUCAGAAUGGCAUGGGAAACGGAAGUUCAAUUUAGUGAAGGGAUAUGUGGUUCUUCUCCAUAUAUUGCGCCCGAAGAAUUUAGUCAAGAGUCAUUUGAUCCUAGAUGUGUGGAUAUUUGGUCAUGUGGAGUCAUUUAUAUGGCAAUGAGGACAGGCCGCCAAUUAUGGAAGCAGGCUGAUGCAUCUAAGGAUGAGUUUUACGAAGAAUAUCUUAUCAAGAGGAAAGAUGCCACUGGGUAUGAACCUAUUGAGAACUUGAAAAGAGCUCGUUGUAGAAAUGUUAUAUAUUCUAUAUUGGAUCCUAAACCGGAGAGAAGAAUCACGGGGAAACAAAUAUUGAAUAGUGAAUGGGGUAGGGAGAUUAAAGUAUGUGAAGCUGGUGAAGCUCACCCUACGUCAUAG